AUGUCUAUGCAACAGGUUCCCAACAACUUCAACGCCGAGGAGGCUGACAACCUCGAGGAUAUCGAGAAGCAGUUCGCGGUCAAGGUCGUCCAGCACAUGGAAACAUACUGGAAAAUCCUUGAGAAGGUCAAGGGCUCUUCGCUGCGCCUAACCAAGAUCGACGACGAGAUCUACGAGCACCUCCAGACGGACUUCCCCGAGUUCGACCCCGCUGCGACCAUCAAUGAGGAUGAGAUGAAGAGCAAGAACGGCAAGGAGCGCUGGAGGAAGUUCAUGAUGGCCUACGAGAAGAGGGUUGACGACUACAACUUCGGCACAAUGGUUCGCUCCAAGCCUGAUGUCGAGUACGGCCAGCACGACGUCAUUUUCGUGCCGCGCAUGCAGUUCUACGCCAUUGAGAUUGCCAGAAACCGCAAGGGUCUGAACGACUGGAUCUACGAGAAGGCUCAAGCAGGCAAGGCCUAA